AUGGUUUUAUGCCAAAAACCGUAUUUAACCGAUCGUUUUGCUUUUGCUCAGCAACAACCAGCUAUUGACCCUGUUGAUAGACAAGAUAUUUUUGAUAUUGGAGGGGCUUUAAUUGAUGAUAUACAGACAAUAUCCUUCCGUCGCAAAGUUGUUAGUCCAGACAAAAGCACAGAUUUAAGUUUGGCACAAUGUGCUCAUUUUCUCUUUCCUGUACAAGGUGGAAGGGUGAUGGCACAUUCUAGUCGUGACUUUCAACAGGCACGUACCCCAAUCGGUUUUCACGACCAACAACAGCCAAUUUCUUCACCGACCCAAAUUUGCCUUUGUGAUAGGCCCACAAACUUUAAAAAUUCAGAAAAGGAACAAAUUGGAAGAAGAAGGGUUAGAAAUGUAGAGAAUGAGGAUGAAGAAGAGAAACAAUCAGGAUUACCCUUUCAAUGUGCUGAUGUUGCUAUAAUACAGAUAGCCGAAAAUCAAAAUAAAUUAUUUAUAAGAGCUGUUGAUGCCUUUGGUCUUUCCAAUGAUUCUCUAAGAAGAGAUGAACAUUGGGGAGGGCAACAAUCUUUUACUGGAGUUGAAUUAAUUAAUAAUUCUGGCAAAAAUACUUUUUGGUUAACAAAAAUGUUAAAAGGUGUUUUUUAUUCUGAUUAUUCGAUUAAUUUUUAA